GGCUCACUCGCCGCGUAACCCGGAAGGUGCCGCGGUGAGCAGUCGGGCUGUCGGUGAGCGCUCCCGAAGAUGGCGGGGGUGUUUGAGGUGGAGGUUGACGGUGUGGAGCACGACCACGGACACGGAGUCCAUGACGAGGCCGCUCAGAUUGACCUGUCCCAGCUCUCACCAGAGGAGAAAUGGAGACUGGAACAUGCAAGAAUGCAUGCCAAGCACAAAGGACACGAGGCCAUGCAUGCGGAGAUGGUUCUCAUCCUCAUCGUCACUCUUGUGGUAGCCCAGCUUGUCCUGGUUCAGUGGAAGCAGAGGCACCCCAAAUCUUAUAAUUUGGUGACCCUCUUUCAGAUGUGGGUUGUCCCUCUUUACUUCACCACAAAGCUGCACUGGUGGCGAUUUCUGGUGACGUGGUUCAUCUUCUCCGUGGUCACAGCCUUUAUCACGUUCCGUGCUACUCGCAAACCGCUGGAAUGCACAACACCAAGGCUGGUGUACAAAUGGUUUCUUCUCUUGUAUAAGAUAAGCUACACCACUGGAAUUGUGGGAUACGCUGUAGUCAUGUUCACUCUCUUUGGAAUCAAUCUGAUAUUUAGAAUAAAGCCUGAAGACGCCAUGGACUUUGGGGUGUCCUUGCUCUUUUAUGGCCUGUACUAUGGAGUCCUUGGCAGGGACUUUGCAGAGAUGUGCGCAGACUUCAUGGCAUCUACAGUAGGGUAUUACAGUGCAUCGGGGAUGCCCACUAAGCACCUGUCCGACAGCAUCUGUGCCGUUUGUGGCCAGCCCAUCCUAGUGGACGUGGAUGAGGAGGGCAUCAUGGAGAACACCUACAGGCUCUCCUGCAACCAUGUAUUCCAUGAGUUUUGCAUACGAGGCUGGUGCAUUGUGGGUAAGAAGCAGACAUGUCCAUACUGCAAAGAAAAGGUGGACCUCAAAAGGAUGUUCAGUAACCCAUGGGAAAGGCCUCAUGUUAUGUAUGGACAGUUGCUGGACUGGCUUCGCUAUCUCGUGGCCUGGCAACCAGUGAUAAUUGGACUAGUACAGGGCAUCAACUACACCCUAGGGCUGGAGUGACUGCAAAGAUGAGCCAAGACAGACUGGUGCAUUGGACGUAAACUGUUGUGGCAGGAGGGGGAAAAUGUCUGGCUCCAAGGGGACUGGGACUUAUCUCCAACGUGUAAUGUACUGUAUAUAGGCACAUAUGUGCUUACGUGUAUGUAAGGAAAAAAAAGAAUUCUACUAGCGGUCUGGCAUUGGAUGUCUUUGUUAAUGUUCUCUGUUUUUGGAACUCAUGAAGUGUGGACCUCCAUUCUGAAUUCAAGGUUUUUUUUUAAAAGAAGGUUCUCACCAGUCUUAAUGGGCUUUUUAAUCUUAAUUGUCUCCUUAAAAGUGUUAACACACACACGUAACACAUUAUCUUUGCUCCAUGGUUCCUCUUUUCCAGUUUUUUUGGCUCACUUAAGUAGUUUAUUUUUAAUCCACCAUCUUGGGGCUCUCUAUCUUUUCCAGUAGGAUAUGCUUGGUUAACCCACAUUUCAUUAUUUCUUAAGCUACUGGACAUAGGCUGUUUCAUAGUCUUUGAGAGGGAGUGCUACAUACAUUUGUGGUCUAUUCAGUAAGGGGCUGCUCCUAUCCCAUCCAGACCAUUUUAGGGUGCUGCGUACAUCCUCGAGUCUGCUAGCAGUGGGACAUUUUUAUUUCCCAGAUUCCCUCCUCCGUUAUGUUAUUGUUUGUUUUUCUUGUGAAAUGCAGUAUGUGGGAACCCCACAGGCUGCCAAGAAAAAGGUACUUUGUAAAACUGUACAUGACACAACUGAAUAACAUUUUUGUCCAACCACUGUA